CGGGUCUCAGCCGCUGAACUGCCGCUCCUUCCUCCGACAACUCGACCGAAAUACUCUUUUACCCUAGUGUUUUUCAAUUCAACCCGUCUGCCAUGGCCAAGAAGACCGUCCCCCUGCUGUUCAGGACGCUCCUGGAGGCUUCAGAGGACAGCUUACCGAAGAUAGUUCGAGGCAACUUUCGAAGAGCCAAGCCUGGAAACAGCAGAACUUUGGGCUCCAGUGUUGCCGUGGCCUCAAAGAGGAUGACCGUGCCUCUCAGUCCCGUCCCACCGAACCCCUCAUGCAGUCGUAGUUUCAUCAACCUGGCUGCUGCCGUCAGCAGCCGCAGAAUGGAAUACAGCGAGUGCCGCACGCUCAGGUACACUCCGGAGCAGCUCUACACCAUCGUCGCCAACGUGGAUCAGUACCAGCACUUUGUUCCCUGGUGCAAGAAGUCUCACAUGAUGAGGAGGCAGAACGGGAACGUCCAGGCCGAGCUGGAGAUCGGAUUCCCUCCUGUUGUGGAGCGCUACACCUCCGACAUCACCGUCAUCCCAAACCACCUAGUCAGGGCCGUCUGUACGAAUGGAACGCUCUUCAGUCACCUUGAAACCAUAUGGAGGUUUGCCCCAGGGCCCGACAACGCCCCAGACUCCUGCAAAGUCCAUUUCCACGUGUCCUUUGAGUUCCGCUCUCUGCUGCACUCGCAGCUGGCCAGUGUGUUCUUCGAUGAGGUAGUCAAGCAGAUGGUCUCCGCCUUCGAGCGGCGGGCGGCUUCACUGUUCAAACACCAGCAGGGGGAGACUCUGAGCAGACAUGCCACUUGAGGAAACCCCUUCUGGAUGAUGCUCCACAUGCUGCCUACCUCACUCCGACGUGGAAUGUUUAUUUAUUUAUAGCCUUGAAAUUUCUACUUUGUUUACUCUUUGUAUGUUGUUUUUUAUGAUUAGGUAUUUUCAAAUUCCGAUGCUGGAUGAUGCACAUGCCGCUUUUCUGAAUGGUUAAAAUGGUUAAAGUCUUGACUUGUCCAGCAUAUUCUUUUUCCCUUAAAGGUAUUAAAAGUUGGAUUUUCAUGA